CCACGUUGCCAAACGCAGACCGCAGAUCCAGUUUCAGUUCUGCUACUUUCUGCCUUUGGCACUUUGCUGUCACGCCGUGGAGGGGACCCGAGGCUUUCAAGAUAUCCCGUCAGCAGCAAGUCGAAAGGCUCUAGCUGUUAUCAACACCAAUCCUAUCCCUGAAUCUCCAACUUCAUGUCUGCCUCGGUAACCUCCAGCGAUGGUCGUGGUCCUGCCAGCCCAACCUCGUCUUCGACAGGGGCAUCUACGAAUCCCGCUACUUCCGGUCUUGCUGCUGCUCUCAAGGGCGCAACACUGGCUUUCCAACAUCAGCAACGGACGGCGGCUAAAGGCAGCGAUACCGCCGUUCCACGGCCUCAUGGGGGUUCACGGGUACCAACUCCAGGGACCGGGUCCGUUUCGACAUCAACCUCUAGGACAGUUGGUGGCAGCAACGGGGCACGCUUGGCAGCCACCCUCGCUGCUAGAGAGCACUCACCUCCAACCACCUCCAAGAACGAAGCAUCACGGGUGGUCACCUCAACGCCAUCUUCAAGUUCAAGUGUUGGAUCAGCCGGCAGGACAAACAGGCAGGAACUCCAUGGCCAGGCCACCGGCGGGAGCUCGCAACAGCAACAACAACAACAACAUGUCGAAGAGCGGGCAAACGAUCAUGCGCCAAGCAAACGACCAGCGAUGCGCUCGAGGAGGCCAUCUCUAGCUUCCCUAUCUAGCCAAGCAGUCGACAACUCUCAUUCUCAUCCUCCUACUCCAGCAAGCGCAAAGCCCAGUUCUGAACCCAAAUCGGUUUCUUGGAUCGCUGCAACUCUGGCCGCCACAUCCAUUGCACCCACAACGUCUUUGGUCGCUAUGUUCGACGGUAAACAGGAAGAGGCAGAAACUGCCACGAAGAAGAAGAAGAAGAAGAAGCCUCGUCCGGCAUCAAAAACCCAACAUCAUCAGACACUAACGUCGCCGUCUCCCACGCCCUCAGAAGGCCUCAGCAUCGAAAACCAAUGUGGAACUGGAGGAGUGCCCUCCGUUGCAUCAGGCAAGUCGAAGGUUGCUCCAAAACCGAAACCUAAGCCAAGAAGGGAUAUUUCACUCAGUACCGUGGAAUCGAUUAAAAGCUCAACUGGGGCCAUGGGACGGGAUGGCAAAUCUAGUAAUCAGGAACAAGGUGAGACACGGAACCGUAAUGGGGAUGUCCGCGACAAACCUAGCAGAGAGGGUGGUAAAGUCACGGUAACGGGGGCAAAGGAUAUAGUAUUCGAGGGAACGAGUGAGCGAAGGAGCCAGCAAAAGGUUCCUGCAACGCCCCGAAGCGUGCAGUCGAAGCAAGGGGUAGAGGUUCCUACGGACAAACGACCAUCAACGCCGCCUGUUUCUCAGCACGCCCAAAUUUCCGAGACAACGAUUAUCUCCCCACAGCCCAGGAGAGUCGUUUCGACACCGCGACUUGAAUCUUCUCCAGCUGUACCAAAAACUUACAAAACCGUUACCAACCCGAGACCUGAUAACAAGCCGACCAUCAGGAAAAGUUCUCGGGUUGUCUCACCGAGCGUGGACCAGUCUCAGACAAUUCGACAAAGCGCUGAGACCGGUCUCGGGGACCGCCAUACGUCUCGAAACUCUACUUCGUCCGACGAAACUUUUGUCUCAGCCUCCUCUAGCCCAUCUCCACGACCUCAGACGCCGACCAAGGAACUGGAGAGAGUUCGCCCUCGGCUGGACAGGGCCAAUACCAGCACCUCAUCCAGGGCGUCCCGGGUGAGUACCCCGGCGUCUGUGCGGUCCCCGGCAUCCCAAACCCGACCAUCACCUGUCUUGCGUCCUGGGACCGGGCUAUACAGUUACAGUACUGGGGCCAGCCCAACUCCCGAGAUGAGCCUUGAUUCCCUUACGAAUGCCAUGAUAGCAAGCAACCUCGCGUCAUCACGUCUCACAGCACUGACCCAAACAUCAUUGGAAUCACCCGGCCUUCCACCCGUUCCUCCUCCCCGGCGUGGCCAUCGUCAUCAUCACCUUCCUCAUCCUCACCUCCGCCACCGCACCCAAAGUCCUCCUCACGCCAGACCGUUGAUACCACAACGCACCGCCGACAGCCUACCAGUCCGAACAGGACCCAGCCGUCAGACAGAGCAUACGCAGCCAGCCAGCCUCCUCAAGACGCUCCGCGCCCCUCGCUCUCUGUCGGACGACGAAGACUUGCGCCUGCAAACGCACCGCCACCGCAAAAAGCACCUAGGUGGCAAGAAACAUGCGCACAACGAGGGAGCACGCCGGCGCUGGCGCGACGAGAUGACAAUCCGUCAGCGACGGCGGUACGAAGCCGUCUGGGCCAGCAACAGGGGUCUCUUUCUGCGUCCUGGUUUCGCGUUCGAGCACCCGGAGAACUGGCAGCCGCUACCGCCGCCGGACGACUCGCUGGGACAGGUCGACCUUUCGCGGGCGUGGGAAAGCCCCGAGGCGGAUCUGGUGGUGAAUGUCGUAGUUAGGGAUAUCUGGAGUCGGAGCCGGCUACCGGUGGACGAGCUGGCGGAAGUCUGGGAGCUUGUGGAUCGGCGCAAGUGCGGGGCGCUGGACAAGCAGGAGUUUGUGGUGGGCAUGUGGUUGAUUGAUCAGAGGUUAAGAGGGAGGAAGAUACCAACGGUGGUCGGGGAAGGCGUGUGGGAGAGCGCGAUGGAUCGGGUCUUGAGUGUUAAUGUGAAGGCGCCAAAGGCGCACAAGGGGAGGACAAAGGGGCAUUUGAAGGGUGUGUUUUAGGAAGACUCCUUGGGCCUGGACGUGCCGGUCGCAUGGUAGAAAGCACUGGGUCUGGACGUAUUGGGAUAUAGAGUAGAUAAUGUAAUACAUAUUGAACAUUUC